UUUUUUUUUUUUUUUUUGGUUUUCUUUUCUUUUUUCAACACAAAUGAGAACCUCUAAAAAAUUUUUGAAAGCGGCUAUAUGUGGUCUGCUCUUUACUUCGGCUUUUGCUAAACCUCAGGAAAAAUUUAUUUUCCAGGGUGCUCAAAGCGGUAUUUCUAACGCUUGGCAACAAUUUCAAGACGUCAUCCAUGAUACUACCAAUGAAGUUAAUGAAGUUGUUGAUGAUAUCAGCAAGUCACUUAAAGCUUUUUCGCAUCCAGCCUUUCCUCAGUAUGCAAUGCGUUAUAAAACACCUUCUUUAUGUGAUCCAUCCGUGAAACAGAUAAGUGGUUACUUGGAUGUUGAUGACGACAAGCACUUCUUUUUCUGGUUUUUCGAGUCCCGCAAUAAGCCUGAAGAAGAUCCAUUAGUUCUGUGGCUCAAUGGAGGACCUGGUUGCUCAUCUUUGACUGGAUUAUUCAUGGAACUAGGCCCCUGUACGGUGAAUAAAGCUGGUGAUGACACUAAAAUCAAUCCUUAUUCUUGGAAUUCGAAUAGCAGUGUUGUAUUUUUGGAUCAACCCUUGAAUGUCGGUUAUUCUUAUGGGAAUGGAGGUGCAACAAAUACUGUAGAAGCUGCUAAACAUGUAUAUGCAUUCCUUCAACUUUUCUUCAAAGAAUUCUCUGAGUAUGCUCAUUUGGAUUUCCAUGUUGCUGGUGAAUCUUAUGCUGGUCACUACAUACCAAGAAUUGGUACAGAAGUGAAUCGAAACAAUAAAGGACAAUUUACAUCAUCUUUCUUGAACAACUUUGCUUCAACAUUAAAACCCAUCAACUUGAAAAGUUUAUUAAUUGGCAAUGGUUUGACGGAUCCUUUGAUUCAAUACAAAUAUUACGCUCAAAUGGCUUGUGAAAAUUCUUAUGGUCCUGUUUUGGAUAAAUCUACUUGUGAUAACAUGAAAGAUCAGUACCCUGCUUGUGCUCGUUUGAUUAAAAAUUGUUAUAAAUCACAAAGUGUUUUCUCUUGCUUGCCUGCAGCGAUGAAAUGUAAUAAGGAUCAAAUUCAACCAUAUCAACAAACUGGCAUGAAUCCAUAUGAUGUCCGUGAAAAAUGUAGAGGUGGUAAUCUUUGCUAUGAAAUCUUGGAAAGUGUACAAACGUAUCUUAAUCGUGAUGAUGUUAAAAAAGCAGUUGGUGCUCCAAACAUUGGAAAAUAUGAAAGCUGUAAUAUGCAAAUCAACUUCCGCUUCAAUUUAGCUGGUGAUUGGAUGCGACCUUAUGUGAACGAAGUUCCUCCUCUCCUUGAAGAUGGUAUUCGUAUCUUAAUUUACAGUGGUGAUGCUGACUUUAUUUGUAACUGGAUGGGAAAUAAAGCUUGGACCUUGGAACUUCCUUGGUCAGGACGUGAUCAGUUCCGAUCUGCAGAAGAUAAUGACUGGAUGUCUUCCUCUGGAGAAAAGGUUGGUGAACUUCGCUCUACAAAAGAUGGUCAAUUUGCUUUCCUCCGUGUUGCCAAGGCUGGUCAUAUGGUGCCAUAUGAUCAACCAGAAGCAUCCCUUGAAAUGCUCAAUCAAUGGGUCAGGAACGAAUUACAAUAGAUUCAGAUAGUUUGUGAUUUUCAAUCUUUUUUUUUUCUUUGUUUAUUUGUUUUUUUU